AUGGUGAUCAAUUGCGUCAAUCAACCGCGAUACAAGCGAUCCGUCAAGAAAAACAAUAGAAAAGCUGUCCCAGAGGCUCGCCUGCCUCCCAUGGUGACUGCUCCCGAGUAUCUGUGGCCAUUGCCUGUCGUCGCAGCAGGGUUUAUCGGCGCCGGAUUUACCAUCGUGUUCCAGCAAUGCCUCAACUUCCUGGUGGAUACGUAUGGCGUCUUCGCGGCCAGUGCGGUGUCAGCCAACACCAUUCUGCGGUCUGUGCUUGCCUGUGCGCUUCCGAUGGCUGUGCGGCCGAUGUUUAAGAAACUGGGGGUGGGCUCUGCGUCGAGCUGCUUGGGAGGCAUUUCGUGUUUAUCCUUGCCGGUGCCGCUUCUUUUCAUGAAGUACGGAGCCUUGCUGAGGAAGAAAUCUCGAUUUGCCCCCAAAACCAGUCGCUAG